AUGUGGGAGGCGUGGAAGCUUCUAAUUCGAGUAGAACGUUUAGACAUUUAUUCACUUGCUGGUGACUGGAGAGACUUUGUUGAUUUUCCCGCACCAGGAUUCGACGAAGAGUAUUUUGGACCUUCGGCAAUUAUACCGCCAGCUGUAUUCCUCGGAGCUACUUCUAUUCGAAUAGGUGGUCUUAUGCCGUAUCCCUAUUUCCGCGCUUUUGUUUCAACACCUUCUAUUGUAACUUCUUUGGAGAUGGAAAAUCUUCAAGGCCUUUUACAACCGAAAGAUAGCUGUCUUCUUAAUUUUCAUUAUGUACUUCGUUCGGGUAUUGACGAUGAUUUCUGGACAAAUCACACAAAAUACAAGGAGACUGAGGAUAGGCACGGAAUUCCUGUAUUGAGACACGGCGGCCCAAUGAUAGGGCAUCUACAGCCUCUUGUUGGAAAAUUUGUGCAAUUGGAACAUCUUAAAAUCUCUAUAGCAGGUCGUGAAGUCAGUCGAGAUGUUAGAUGGUCAGGGACAAGAGAACAAAAGCGGUAUUCCGAAAUGGCAAAUUUCAUAAGAUCGGUAGCACCCAAACUGGUCACUUUUACUUUUGAACAAGGAGUGGGACUUGAAUUACUUGAAAUAUGGCAAGUGGAGUCGCAUAAUAAUACAUCCAUAUUGAGCCAAUCCCGAAGGCCAAUAGAUGAUUACUUUUUUGAGUUUAUACUUCCAGCAUUGUUAGAAGGAACUUGGUCCGAACUUGAGAAAUUUUCUAUCCAAGGUGUUUGUGGAAAUGUUAGGUAUGAGACGAGACACUUGCUUAGAGAUGUGACUUUUACACCAGAAGCACCUGAAGUUCUAGAGUCUGUUAUGCACCAGUUGCGUUCUGUCAUGAGCAAUAGUGUCGAGUUCACUUUUGAGAGGGAGACUCAGAGGGUGUUUCACAUGGCUUCUUUAAAUGUCUAUAGGACACGAUAUUAG